AUGUCUUUUUCAGUCAGGAUAUCCACAAUGCUCGCCAUCUUCCUGUCGAGCUUCUGGAUUUUCCCCUUUGUUUUCGGCGCAGCAAAACCGAGUCGAUCUUCGCGAAAUUAUGAGCGAUCCUUAGACAGCUGGGUAUCGGUCGGCCACAAUGGGAACUGGCCAUGCUCCAGUGACGAAAUUGAGGUUAUCGAGAACGCGGUAGAGUAUACCAAGAUUCUGGCGAAUGGGGCGAUAGUGGCUUUGGAUGAUACGGGAACGUCCUCCUCAGCAUAUUUGCGCUGGUUUGGUGACGGCAACGCUUACGAAUCUGACCUCGAAACCAUCAGAGAAUAUCACUAUGAGGCUGUAAUUUCCGAGCUGCGAGCCCCUGAGUCUGGAACCGUGGACUCGGUAGAAGAAGGCGGCGAGGAUCCAGAAAGACUCGUUUACGCCUGUCCUGCCGCGGGUGACUCUUUCUGCGCGUCAGGCGAGGCAGCUGCGGUGGUUAACGCCGGCGAUUAUGGCUUCAGUGUUAAUCUCCUCUACGUCUGUCCUUCAUUUUUCAAUAAGGUCAGCCACUCGCGGAUGCUAUCCAACUGGCGCCAAGGUACAUAUACGCCGUCCGCUGGCUUGGUUCUUCUUCACGAGAUGCAGCACCUCGAUGCUGUCGUGGGUUCAGAGAGACGCAGUGUCGAUCACGCCUUCUCAGUCAGAGGUUGCGAGGAUCUUGACGACGAAGAGAAGAUCACGAAUGCACAAAAUUUUGCUUUCUUCGCAUUGGACGUAACUGCAAGCCCUUAA